AUGCCAUCCCAUACAUGGCGUGAUGUUUUAUAUGAUAUUCAAUUUUAUUUAAUAUCACUAAUUUGGAUGUUAACACGUGUUAUGAGUAAUGUUUCACAAGUUUAUUUACCUUUAUAUAUUAUGGAUACAACAGAUGCAAGUCAAGUAGAUCGAACAUUUAUUGCAAUAGGUCCAUUAUGUGUUUAUAUUAGUGGUUUUAUAACUUCGUUUCCAAUGCGUAAAGUUAAUCAAUAUCUAGGACGAAAGAAAACGAUGAUUGUUGGACUUAUUGCUGUUCUAUUAUCAUCAUUGCUUUUUUGGCAUAUUUUUUCAUUAAAAAUAAAUUUUGGUAUUUCAAUGCAAUUUACAAUUCUUAUUGGUGCCAUAUUACUUGGAAUAGGUAUAACAACAGCACAGAUUACAUCAAGUGCAUUUACAUCUGAUUUAAUUGGUCAAAAUACAGAAAGUAGUGCAUUUGUUUAUGGAGCUAUGUCAUUUUUGGAUAAAUUGGCGAAUGGGUUGGCAAUAACUUUUAUUCAACAAUAUAAUCCUUGCAGUACAUGUCCAACUUGUUGUCCACAUUUUUAUCGAAAAAUUCUUUCAUUUGUACCUGGUGUUACUACAAUUUGUACAUUAUUAAUACUAAAAAGCAUUUCACAUACUCAUAGUAGUACUCGACAAAUACGUUCAGCACGACAAUCUCUUAGACCAUUAACUAAUAUACAUUCUUUUAAAAAACAUGAUCCGAUAACUUAUGUAAAACAUAAUUGUAAAGUUAUAUUUUCUAGUGAUAUGAACUCAAAUAAAUUCUUAAUAAAUAUUGAUUAUAUUUUAAAAAUGUAA